CUGGCCUGCAGUCCGAACUGUCAAAAGUCCUCCAUAUUUUUCGCAAAAUCCAGUCACGGCAGCGGUUUCGGAACCGAAGUGCUCUUUAUUUCCGGAUUUUUUGCGUGUUCUAUUCUGUUGUGUUGUUUCCGUUUGUUUGCGAUCGAUCCGCGGCGGAGAGUUGAUCCGAUUUGUCGUUCGGGUUCGCGCGAUAAGUAUCGGUUUAGUGCGGUGAUAAACUACUCUUGUUUCCUUCGUUCGAAAGAUUGUGUGUUUUCUUGUGCUUCUGCUGCGGUGCGGUGGAGCUGAAGUUUUUCUCGAUUAAUCAUCGCUCAUACUUGGGCAAGUGCUGAGAUUGUGUGUGUGCGUGUUCUUCGUUGUACAUUCAAGUAUGUCUGAAAAGCAAGCCGCUGAUCAUGUCGAAGUUGAGGGGGAGGAACACGACGCCAACUACCAGCCUCCGCCGCAGAAGACCAUCGAGGAAAUCAUGGCAGCCGACGCAGAGGACGAAAGCUUACGAAAGUACAAAGAAGCCCUACUGGGGGAAGCUCAAUCGGAGAAAAUUAUCUUCGAUGAUUCCGAUCCACGGAAGGUUAUAGUGAAAAAGCUGGCGCUUCUGGUGGCGGACCGUGAUCCCAUGGAACUGGACCUGUCCGGUGAUAUUUCUAAGCUGAAAAAGAAUGUUUUCGUGAUUAAGGAAGGCAUCCAGUACAAAAUCCGUAUCGAUUUCAUUGUGCAGAGGGAAAUCGUUCACGGGCUGAAGUAUGUCCAAAAGACAUACAGGAUGGGAGUUCCCGCAAUUCAUGUGGACAAAAUGACCCAAAUGGUCGGUUCGUACCCGCCCAAGAAAGAAAUUCAAAGCUACACCACCCCAUUCGAGGAGGCCCCCUCCGGCAUGAUGGCACGGGGCACCUACUCGGUGACGUCCCUUUUCACCGACGAUGACAAAAACGAACACCUCAAGUGGGAAUGGAGUUUUGAGAUCAAAAAAGACUGGCAGUAGAGAAUUUAUUACAUGUUAAGAGAAAACGGCGAUUCCGAGGCAGAAAUGACGGACGGUGUGCCCUGGAUCAAUAGUCGCGUGUUAAUAUACAUACAUAUUAUGCAUAUAUCUAGAAAGGAGGAGAUGAGGAAGUAAGAGUAUUAGCUGAUAGUGAUACAGCUUCCAGUUGGAUUAAGUAAAAAAUUUCGUGCUUGCGCACCUACCAUAAGUGUGCCCUAUCAGUCGUUCAUGCAAGCAAAAUUGAAACUGAGAGAUUACAUCAGAAGAAACCACAAGAAUAAAAAGUCUUCGCGAGUGAAUUUAUCGCUUUAAAUGUUGCCAGGUAUAUACAUUGCAUUUUCAAAGUUUAUAUCACUCUAUGAUAGGCAAGGCAAUGUGAACAAAAUGGAAAUCAAGUGAAUUCCGUGAGCUCAAUUUCUCUUCGGAGGAAAAUGUGCACCACAAUUCAACUGAAGGUGCAUCCUGCCGAGAAAGCAAAUGCCAAGGUGAGAAAACAAGUAAUUAAGAAAAAAGAUUAUUUGAUUCUUUCCAAACUAGCUAGCUUUUGUCGGUCUGUAAAUGGAAAGAAAGUUAUGAGAAUGUAAACUGUCAACUGGGUGAAUGUGAUGCUGUCGCAGCCACGGUAUUAUAACUAUAUGGUAUUAUCGUUUCCUUUUUAAUGAGUGCUAUAAAAAAAACUAUUCUCGGUGGAUUUCGUGAUUUAGAAACAUUUUCCAUUUGUGUCGCAAUCAACUUUAUCACAACGGUUAAAAUGAAAACAGCAAGAGUGUGUUUUCUCGUCGUCGCUCAUUUUGGUUUCUUCGCACUAUAUAAUCUUAUAAAUCUGCCAAAAAGAAAAUAAAAAAGUUAUGUGCUUCGAAAAGCAAUAAAACCGUAUGAAUGCUAUCCUUUUGAGCUACGCGAAAUGAUGAAAAACAACAAAGAAAUUAUAUCCAAAAGUGCUACCUUUAUAUAAGAUUAAGAUUCAAACAGAAAACAUGGAAUAAAAUCCUAGCGCUGAGACAAAAAGAACAGUUUUUCUAGACAUAAAUAAUAAUGAAAAUCACUUUUGUCACCGAAAGCUUUAAAUGCAAAAAUAAUGGUUAUGCUUAGGAAUGAUUUCUAUGCUUUGUACUUUUGCAUUGUUUGGGGUGUGUAGCAAUCUUCGAUUUUUGCAAGUUUACAUAUUUCAUCCUGUAGUUACUUACGAUUCUCGGGUCAAUACCUAGCUUCCAUUAGUCCAGAAAUUGCAUUUACGGAAACAUUCUAUUUUGACUUUAACUUAAUACGAUUAGGGUCCAAAAUUAGCUUUGGAAUGAUUUUUUUUUUGAUUUUAUAGUUGCCAGCAGAAAGUUAAGCGGUUUAGUUGAAAGAAACAGAGCCCCCAAAUGAUAAAAAAAUCGCAUUUAUGAAUAUAGAUUAAAAUGAAACAAAUUGCGUUGCAUAAGUAAGCAUAACUGGUCAACAAAAAUCAAUAACCCUAUUUACAAUCAAACCGAUUAGCCAUAUAUAAACAUAGGAAAAUAUAGAUGACACCGCAACCAUUGAAACCCGAAACAAAAGCCGAUGAUAAAAUUGAUAGCGAAAUAGAACCAGUAGUAGCGCCGAUAUUGAAACAUUGGGAAUAAUAAACGGAAAUAAACUACAGUCAGUUUUAUGCUCAAUUUGUUCAAUCAAAGACAA